AUGAUGCACACCAAUGGGAUGUGCAACCACACAAAAAUUCUCAUGUGGUUUCUUCUGUUCUAUAUGUUUGUCAAGAAGGUGUUCCCUGCUGGGGAUGAUACCAUCAUUGCUACUAAGAAUGGAAUAGUAAAAGGUGUUCAGUUGCCUGUGCUUGGUGGAACAGUAACUGCAUUUCUUGGGAUUCCAUUUGCAACACCACCAAUUGGUAGCCUGCGUUUCAAAAAGCCACAACCUCGAGAAGAAUGGAAAGGAAGUUGGGAUGCCACCAAGUAUGCCAACUCUUGUUUUCAGCUCCUAGAUAAUACUUUCCCUGGCUUUGCAGGGUCAGAGAUGUGGAAUCCAAACACAAAACUUAGUGAAGACUGCCUUUAUCUCAAUGUAUGGGUUCCUUCUCCCAAGCCUAAAAAUGCAACAGUCAUGGUAUGGAUCUAUGGGGGUGGCUUCCAAACUGGGACAGCCUCUCUAUCUGUUUAUGAUGGCAAGUUUCUAGCCCGUGUGGAAAGAGUCAUUGUUGUUUCAAUGAAUUAUAGAUUAGGGCCUUUGGGAUUCUUGGCUUUGCCAGGAAAUGAAGAAGCCCCAGGAAACGAAGGUUUGUUUGAUCAAAGGCUAGCACUUCAAUGGAUCCAUGACAACAUAGGAGCCUUUGGUGGCAAUUCCAGAAGUGUGACAUUAUUUGGAGAAAGUGCUGGAGCAGGGUCUGUUAGCUACCAUGUUCUUUCUCCACAAAGCUAUCCUCUCUUCACUCGGGCAAUCAUGCAAAGUGGAGCUGGAAAUGUCCCUUGGAGUGCAAUUCUACCAUCUGAAGCAAGAAGGAGAACUCUAGUUCUAGCUGAGCUCCUCGACUGUACUAGCGAAAAUGAAAGUGACAUCAUUUUUUGUCUUCGACACAAAGAUCCCCAGGAUAUAUUGGAGAAAGGAGUAGCUGUUUUAACACACACCAGUCUCAUAGAUUUGUAUUUUAGUCCAGUGGUUGAUGGUGACUUUCUUGCUGAUAUGCCAGCAAUAUUACUGAAAAAUGGGCACUUUAAACAAACACAGAUCUUGAUGGGAGUGAACAAAGAUGAAGGUACAACUUUUCUUGUGUAUGGUGCACCUGGCUUCAGCAAAGAUAACAACAGUCUUAUCAAUGAAACAAAAUUCCAGGCAGGUCUGAAACUUUCUUUUCCAGGAUUAAAUGAAAUUGGAUUGGAAUCUAUUGCUUUUCACUAUACAGACUGGGAAGAUGAGAAUAAUAUUUUCAAUUAUCGUGAUACCAUGGAUGAUAUCAUUGGGGAUUACAAUAUCAUAUGCCCAGUGGUUGAGUUCAUAAAACAAUUUGCCUUGGCAGAGAACAAUGCUUUUUUGUACUUCUUUGAGCACAGAUCUUCAAAACUUCCUUGGCCAGAAUGGAUGGGAGUUCCACAUGGGUAUGAAAUUGAGUUUGUAUUUGGACUGCCUCUGGAGCGAAGAGUUAAUUAUACGAAAGCAGAGGAAGCACUGAGCAGAUCUAUGCUGAAGUACUGGGCAAAUUUUGCAAAAACUGGAACACCCAAUGGAAGUCAGAUUAAUGGAACAAGAUGGCCAGUCUUCACAACUGCUGAACAAAACUACUUAACGUUAAGCACAAAUGGUUCAAAGAUUCGUGCAAAAUUACGUGCCGAAAAAUGUCGGUUCUGGAAUAAGUUUUUUCCUAAAGUCCUGGAGAUGACAGAAAAUAUUGAUGAAGCAGAACAAGAAUGGAAAGCAGGAUUCCUUCGCUGGAACAAUUACAUGAUGGACUGGAAAAAUCAAUUUAAUGAUUACACUAGGAAGAGGGAAAGCUGCACAGGUCUCUAAUUAAAAGUUUCAGCCUUUUUGGAAUGCUUGUACUGUCAAAGAUCAAGGCAAACAUGGAGAUAGUUAAUGUAGCAUAUCUAGCAAUAAGACAUAUUAGACAGGCUCACUGACCCAUCACAAAUAUACCAUUCUUCCAGGCCCAUUUCUAUUUAUAUCGAUAACUGUUAUGAAAGCACUUCCACCUUUUGAAGCAUCAGGAAAUGGAAAAUGAGCUUAAAGCAAUUAAAGCCAGAGGAUGAUUGAUGGAGAUAGAAUGGCCCCAGUCCAGUUGUAAAUUAUAUUCUUUAAAAAAAAAAAGGUUAUCAUCAAGCUGGUUGUACCAGCUAUGCAUUGCGAUUUUGGUGCACUUUGGAAUAUGCACCUCACUCAAGGCAAAGCUUCACAGGCUAAACCCUCUUUGACCAUCUGUCAAAUGGAAUUGUGUUCCUUCCAGGAAUGUGCACACUAGCUCAUUCAACUCCUAUACACACAUUGACCAGAAAUAUCUGAAAAUAGGCUGUUUUCU